GCAGGCCUGCCAGCCCCUGGAAAGGAGGGUAGCCUGAAUUUGGAGAUGCCAUGACCCAUCUGUGACUCAGGGUGUGUUGCCUGAGUGUGCUGGUUGGAGGCCUCCCUCCCUGCUUCGGGAGUCCCUGCUGGCACCUUGCCAGCCUCCAGGAUGGAAGAAGGGCUGAGUCAGGCAUCUGUGUCCAGUCUGGUGACAGUGUUCAAGAACAGCAGGAACCCAGAAGCAAGGCCCAGAGCCCACAGGCUGGAGGUUGAGCAUCACACCUUGGGGUGCCAGUCUACAGCAGAAUCAUGGAAGAACUCUGGCACUGGGGAGGACUUAGUAUCUGGGCCCCGGAAGGUCAGCAGGCGGUAUCUGAGCUCCCUGAAGAACAAGCUGUCCGGCCAGGCCUGGAGGACACCUUGCCAGCCUGACACCAGCCCCGGGCCCACGCCACAGGAGCCUGAGAAGAGGAUUGUGCAGGAGCUGCUGGAGACAGAGCAGGCUUAUGUGGCACGCCUGCACCUGCUGGACCAGGUGUUCUUCCAGGAGCUGCUGAGGGAAGCCCGCAGUGGGAAGGCCUUUCCGGAGGAUGUGGUCAGGCUCAUCUUCUCCAAUAUCUCCUCCAUCUACCAAUUCCAUGCGCAGUUCUUCCUUCCAGAGCUGCAGCGGCGGCUGGAUGACUGGUGA